ACCAUCCCUUAUGCAAUCCUCGACCACAUAGGAAAAUCAUUUAGCAUUAUGUCUUCCAUCAAAUCCUAUGGCAAGAUUGAUGAAUCCGACCAAGCCCGGCUCGACGCUCGUAGGGAAACUCGAAAGAGAGUUGCCAUCAUAAGCCUUUCGUCCAUAGUUCUUGUCUGUGUCAUUGUUGCUGCUGUGGUUGGAACCACCGUUCAUAAUAAAUCUGGUGGGAACUCUAAAGGCUCGGCCAUCUCCACUUCUGUCAAGGCUGUUUGUGAUGUGACCUUGUACCAGGAUUCGUGUUACAGCAGUCUUGGUCCUCUGGUUAACUCCAACAAUGUUAAGCCUGAGGAGAUUUUCAAGUUGGCAAUUCAGGUGGCGAUCAAUGAAUUGUCGAAAGCCGCUACUCAUUUUUCGGCUGAUGGUGUUCUUAAUGCGACUGCCAAGGACACACAGUCUGUGGCAGCUUUGAAAGAUUGUCAAGACCUUUUGAGUCUGGCAUUGGAUCAUCUCAACGACUCAUUGUCUGACACUAAGUCGUUGGUUGAUGUGUUUGAUGAUCUCAAGACUUGGCUGAGCUCUUCAGGCACAUAUCAGCAGACUUGCAUUGAAGGUUUUGACGAUGUAAAAGGAGAACUCAAGGAUAAAGUUGUCGGCUACUUGAAGAACUCCAAUGAGUUAACUAGCAACAGCCUCGCCAUUGUCUCUUGGAUUUCCAAAGUCCUUAACUUAGUGAACCUAAGGCGACUUCUGACACACCCUGAUCCCACCGAUACGUACAGCCAGGGAGUACCAGAGUGGCUGCAUCGGAAGGAUCGCAAGCUGCUUCAGAGUUCGGAUUUGAGGAAGAAGGCAGACAUUGUCGUGGCAAGCAAUGGCAGUAGCAAAUACAAAACAAUUCAGGAUGCACUCAAUGCUGUUCCGGAUAAGAGCAAGAAGAGAACAGUCAUCUACGUCAAGAAGGGGGUUUAUUAUGGGAAUGUGAGGGUUGAGAAAUCCAAGUGGAAUGUUUUGGUGGUCGGUGAUGGUUCGAAUGCAACUAUUGUAACUGCCAAACUCAACGUUGUGGAUGGAACUCCCACAUUUUCCACUGCCACAGUCGCCGUUUUUGGAAAGGGAUUCAUUGCCCGGGACAUUGGAUUUCGCAACACUGCAGGGCCAGCCAAGCACCAGGCAGUGGCCUUGUUGUCAACUGCUGAUCAGUCAGUCUUCUAUAGGUGCGACAUUGAUGCAUUCCAGGACACUCUCUAUGCUCACUCCAAUCGCCAAUUCUACCGCGAAUGCAACAUUUAUGGAACAGUGGAUUUCAUUUUCGGGAACUCAGCAGUUGUGCUCCAAAACUGCAACAUAAUGCCUAAGGUUCCCAUGCGAGGCCAGCAGAACACCAUCACAGCUCAAGGGAAGUUUGAUCCCAAUCAAAAUACAGGAAUUUCGAUUCACAAUUGCAGCAUAUCGCCCUUUGGAGACUUGUCCUCGGUCAAAACUUUCCUCGGGAGGCCAUGGAAGAAUUACUCCACAACUGUGUACAUGCAAACAUACAUGGGAAAUCUCAUCAGCACUGAUGGAUGGUUGCCAUGGGUAGGCAAUAGCGCUCCCGACACCGUAUUUUACUCGGAAUUUCAAAAUUUUGGACCUGGUGCUUCCACAAAGAAUAGGGUUAAAUGGAAGGGGUUGAGAACCAUCAACCAAAAAGCAGCCAGCAAAUUUACAGUGCAUUCAUUUCUCCAAGGAACUAAGUGGAUCUCUGAUGCUGGUGUUACCUACACAUCAAGCCUCUGACCAAUAUAUUUGAUAGUUUCAUGAACAAAAAUUGAUUUUCUUUUCCCAAUUUAUUAUUUUCCAUUUCACACUUUUUGAUCAUGAUUGUUUUGUGUGCCUUCUUAUACUUUCUGAU